AUGAUUAAACAACAGCAACUUAAGGCGCAGACCAUUACAUACGCCACAUAUGCAUAUAAUUCAAAGACGGCAGAACAAACGCAAAGGUUGAAAUAUGGAGAUUUGGAGAUAGUAUUGAAAAAUGACCAUUUUGAAUUCGUUUGCAAAGGUGGUGCAGUGAUAUCAAAUAUAAAAGAAAUUUUAUUUAUGAAUUCAAAAAUUAAAGGAAUAACGGAUGAUAUAACAUCAAUUCCACCAGAAGAACAAAGAUAUUACGCAUUAAAUGCAUUUCCUAAAGUUUUGAAGAUUGGAAGAUUUAAUUUAAAUGAGGAAUUCAUAAAAGGUUUCCUAAAUGACAUAAUGAAGAAAGCAAAUUUGGUUUAUGUUGAUGAAAAAGAUAAUGAAAUUAAAGAAAGGGUUGAUAGUGAAUUAAUGAAGAAAGCAAAUUUGGUUUAUGUUGAUGAAAAAGAUAAUGAAAUUAAAGAAAUGGUUGAAUGGUAUCAUGAAUGGACAUCAAAGAUUUUAAAAACAAAAGCCGAUACAGGAUGGGUUUCAGGAUGUUUAGACCUUAAAGCAGAUAAAACAUAUGUUAACGAUGAGUUAGAGAAGAAAGCAGAUAAGAACCAUACACAUGAAUUCUUCACAACUGUUGGUAUAGAAAGUAUUGAAGGAACGGUUGAAGAACCUGAUGGGGAUGUAUUAUAUUGGAAACCUCCUAACUUUCCACAAGGUUUAACAUCGGAUGACGACAUAACGACGAUGAGAAACAUUAGAUGUAAAGAUGUUUAUGUCAUGAAGGAUGAACAUAAUAUUAAAUUCACUGCUCAAGAUUUAUAUGACAAGAAAGCAGACAAAACAGAGCUUCAAACAUUAAAGACAGAAAUACUUCAAACAUUAUAUCCUAUAGGCUCUAUUUAUACGUCAAUGAACUCAACAAAUCCCGCAACAGUUUUAGGUUUUGGUGAAUGGAAGCAGAUUAUAGAUAAAUUCUUAUACUGUGCUAGAUAUUCAAAGACGGCAGGAGGUUCGAAGAAAAUUAAAGAAGCAAACCUUCCACCGCACACUCAUACGGGAACUACAAACUUUUCUGGUGACCAUAGUCACUCAUUAAGAGACCACCCAUUAUAUAACUCAGAAUAUUAUGCUGGCAAUGACGUUUUAUCUCCAGAUUAUAACCAUUCGGCAAAAAAGACUUUUCGACCAACUGAACCAGGAGGAAAUCAUGUCCAUACUUUCACAACAAAUCCAACAGGCUUGGGUAAAGAUUAUAUGCCACCAUUUAUGACUAUAUUCGCAUGGUAUAGAGUUUAUUGA